CAUGAAGGUUGACAGUUACACCAGAUGGUGCAUAAAGACUUUUUUUCACCAUUUGGUAGGGUAACUAUAACUAUAACUAUAACUAUAGAGUAAUUUUUAUCUAGGCCCUUCCAGAUCGAAUUAUAAUUUAGAAGAUGAUUUUUGCGGAGAAAAACCGAAGAAAAACCCUCGAAGCACAGGAGAGAACCAACGAACUCUACUCACAUACGACAAGUCCGAGGAGCAAUGAAUAAUGACAAUGAGAAAAAGACUGAAGAAAAGCGGGAAAGAAAAAUUGGUUUGUUCAAAACAUAAUGAGCAUGUCUUCAUUUUAUUGAUCAACAUGAUUCAACUUCAGCUACUUUUUAAACCUUGAAGCCUAUAGUGGAAGUAUUCACGAAGGUGUAGACGACAGAUGCGAUGACGGCGCAUGGAAUUGCUAUUGAAACGCUUUGAAGUUCUGAUCAGUUAUCCAAAUGAAUAGUAUAAUAGCUGUUGCAUUCAAAAAAUUGUAUUAUUUGUUAACAGUGUAAAAUGAAUCAUCUCAUAUAUCAUUGAUGUAGAAAGAUGGGCUGGUGACGCACAAGGGUGUUUAAUUGCUAAAGCGCUCCUGGAAAUAUGCCAUACAAAUGAAGGUCUUUAUAAAAUGAAAUUACCCUUGGUCUGUAAGCAGCCAAAGAUCCAAUGUACAAGACCAAAAGCAGAAAUUAGAAUAACAAAACAAGCAGCUCCUGGAUUCGAUCGAGGCUAAGCCCGCAUACAUUGAAGUUUUAAGAGUCGCCAGUUGUAUUUAUUAUAAAAUUUUAUUUUGUUUCAAAUAUUUUAAAAUAUAUUUCAAUAUCAUAAAAUAUUUCCCCCUCUAUUAAUAAGGAAAUAAAAACACAUUUCUUUCGUUUACUUUCACGCUGAAGCUUUGACAUUUUUGUUUUCCACCAAAAAUAACAUCUGCUGCAGUUCGAUCAGGUCGAUAGCUAUUUGAACGAAGCUUUACCAGUUUCAGGUUAGAGACCACUAUAGUUCAAAACUCAAAAUUUGAUUAUGGAAAACUGUACUCAUAGAAACCUUGUUAUCCUGGCAUCAUGCUUGGUGCUACUGUUGAGUAUUGUACAAGAGACAAGUCAAGACAAGCAAGUGACCUAUCUCCUUGGCAGACCCGCGGAGAACUGCACCUUAGUCUGCGCAUCCCGAGGGAUGUCCUGUAUAGAGAUUGGCGCAUUCCCGAACAAUGCAUUAUCCAUCUUCCACUCUAUCAAUGUGACUUGUACGACGUCUGAAGAGUUGAGUGGGUAUGGCUAUCCCGACAGUCCUAACUACAUUAUUUCUGGGGACUGGGAAGGACAAUGCAUUGGCUUUAAAGGACUGAAUGAAACUGCCCAUUCUACCCUUUGUGGUAUAGGAUACAACCCAGCGGUACGAAGGCUUUGCCCGUGUGGAGAACAAAUCUUUGUAGGGCCAACUCCAUCACCAAAACCAACUUCGUCACGAGAGAUGUCUGCGAAAGCUACCACACCCGCUGACGAUCAAUCAACGACACAGACCAAUAACACCAUCUCUUCGAUCCCCACUCCACCCUACACUCUACCGCUUCCUACUACCCACAUCACUAUUGAAAACAUGGGAACCCUGCGUACAGCUGGUCCUCUCACGUUGUUAAGUACUGUACUAUGGAUUGCACAGUCUAAUUGAAGUUAUCUAAACGAAGAGUUUAUACUACGGCAACAUUUCUUAAACAUCCACCGCGUCAGAGAAGACGAUUUACAAGCACGAAAAAAGGCUGCAAAGUUGACGCAGCAGCGGGUCUCAUCUGGUCUCCUCUCCCUAUCUCCUUCUACUAGCUACGCAGGUUAACAUCAAAAUAUCUUUGUAAGCUCCAUUGACUGGUUUAAUACAGGACACACUGCUUUUACCUACUAUAGAACCAAACUGAUAUAUAUGUACUGCUAUUUUCCCCCCCGAAGCAUAAGGACAAAAUAAACAGGCUAAUCGUUUGAUAACUGGUUCAACAAACAUGAAGGCUUUGCACCCUACUUCAUAUGAACCUCAAGAAUGGACUACUUGGACAAUACGGAGGCCAUCUUGCCAAGGGGUAAAACAAAACAAAGAUGGCGGAAAAUAUAUAGAGUUUCGGAAGUGCAGUGCUAUUUCAUCUUUUGUUGUAUUCUCUUGUGGUGAGCUGUUUAUAAUAUCAAUCGACGUCUUUACUGUAACAAAGUGUUAAGCUUUAGAUAUAGGUUCGUUUUUUUCAUUUGCCCCAUAAUGCCUUGCGAUCCAAGAUGGCCGCUGCAUUGUCGACGUAAUCCAUURAAAAAACUCUAGCAGUGAUACUUAUGUAAGAAUAUGUAGGGAUCUCUAGUCUGCAGAGCUUGUUUUAUUGAUCCUUGUCUUAGACGCUACUCUGUACAAGUUGAGUGUUUUGAUCUAACUACGCAAACUAAAGCAGAGUCAGGUAGACCAGAAGGCCAACUUUCUUUAUUCGCCUGUGGCUGUCCGUCGGGAUUCCUUACUCUGCCACUGUCCUUACUUAGGUCUGUACCUCCCAGUACAACCCAAACUACAACCUUAGCCUUAUUUACAGCUAUGUAAAAAUUUAAUCCGUAGAAAUAGCUAAAUGGCUCGUUCUUAUAUAACAAUGUUCUCUACUCGAAGAUUGAAAAGUAAUUGUAUACUUUGCCGUAUAUUAUGCUACCACAACAACAUGUUAUACAACAGACUUUUAGAUCCGGUAUUUGAAAUUACUUGUGUCGGGGUUGCAAUUUAAGGUAUGUGGCUAAUUUAGUAAAAAGGAAUUAGGAACCUUUCUGAGACAGUUAUUUGAUACUUUGAUUCUAAAGAAAGGAAAUGAUGUGUCCCGAGCUCGUUUUCGAUAACUCACUGACUGUCUCUUUCUUCCGCUCGCUGUCCAAAAGAACUACUAUUCUACUUUGUAUUUUCUCAAAUGAAUAAAAAUCUUGCAAGUUGUA